CGCGCCUCCAUUGGCUCAGACGGGGUCAUGGCCCUAUGGGGCGCCCGCGGCCCCGCCCACUGCCGUAAGCCACGCCCAUUCCUUCACAGUCCACGCCUCACCGGUCAGUAUUCGUCCUAUGGCCCCGCCCACUGCCGUAAGCCACGCCCCUUCCUUCACAGACCACGCCUCACCGACCACGCCUCGCCGAUCAGUAUUCAUCGCAUGGCCCCACCCACUGCUGUAAGCCACGCCCCUUCCUUCACAGACCACGCCUCGCAGAUCAGUAUUCAUCGUAUGGCCCCGCCCACUGCCGUAAGCCACGCCCAUUCCUUCACAGAUCACGCCUCACCGGUCAGUAUUCGUCGUAUGGCCCCGCCCACUGCCGUAAGCCACGCCCCUUCCAUCACAGACCACGCCUCACCGAUCAGUAUUCGUCGUAUGGCCCCGCCCACUGCCGUAAGCCACGCCCCCUCGUUCACAGACCACGCUCAUUCGUUAAAACCACCCGUGUGCCCCGUCCACCAACCGAAACCACGCCCCCUUCUCCACAGACCACGCCCACUCCUUUAAACCACCACCGUUUGGCCCCUCCCCCUGCUAUAAGCCACGCCCGCAGCCUCACAGACCACGCCCAUAAAUCAAAACAACCCGAUAUGCCCCGCCCAUCGCCCUAAGCCACUCCCCUCCUUCGCAGACCACGCCCCCAGUUAAAACCAAUCGAUUGGCCCCGCCCACCUGCAUAGGCCACGCCCCGCCUUACAAAACUCCCCGUGUGGCCCCGCCCACCGCCAUAAGCCACGCCCCCGCUCAUAGGCCAUGCCCCGUCAAAGUUCCCUGUGGCCCCGCCCACAGCCCUAAGCCACGCCCUUCC